GCAAGGCUAGUCCACUCUGCUUGUUCAGCUGAAGAACACUCUGCUUCCAGGACUACUGGCACUUUUCUGCUAGACCACUAUGUCUUCAAACAUGGUAACAAUUCCAACCACAAUCGCUUAUGAAUAUUAUGAUUACGCAAAUGAUUCAGAACAAUGUGACGAAUCUGAUUGGGACUUGUCCUACUCCCUUUUACCUGUUUUUUAUAUGCUGGUGUUUGUUUUGGGACUGUCUGGAAAUGGAGUGGUCAUAUUCACAGUGUGGAGAGCCAAACCCAAAAGGAGAUCUGCAGAUACCUACAUAGGAAAUCUUGCCCUGGCUGACCUGGCAUUUGUGGUGACCCUGCCUUUGUGGGCCACAUACACUGCCCUAGGAUUCCACUGGCCUUUUGGCUCUGCUCUCUGCAAGAUCAGCAGCUACCUGGUACUGCUAAAUAUGUUUGCCAGUGUCUUCUGCCUCAGCUGCCUCAGUUUUGACCGGUACCUGGCUAUUGUUCACUCACUAUCAAGUGCCAGACUGCGCUCUCGCUCCUCUAUGAUGAUAUCACUGGCUGUCAUCUGGCUCCUCUCAGGACUCCUUGCACUGCCAAGCUUGAUUCUGCGUGAUACACGUGUGCAAGACAACUACACCCUCUGCGACCUCGAUUUCAGCGGUGUGUCCAGCAAGGAGAAUGAGGAUUUUUGGAUUGGAGGGCUCAGCAUCCUUACCACAGUUCCAGGCUUCCUGCUUCCUCUGCUACUCAUGACCAUCUUCUACUGCUUCAUUGGAGGUAAAGUGACCAUGCAUUUUCAGAAUCUAAAGAAGGAGGAACAGAAGAAGAAGCGCCUUCUAAAAAUCAUCAUUACCCUGGUUGUGGUAUUUGCCAUCUGUUGGUUGCCGUUUCAUGUUCUCAAAACCAUCCAUUUUUUAGACCUAAUGGGCUACCUGAAACUCUCCUGCUCAAUGCAGAACACAGUUGUCAGCCUGCACCCGUAUGCUACUUGCCUGGCAUACAUCAACAGCUGCCUCAAUCCUUUCCUCUAUGCUUUCUUUGACCUCAGAUUUCGCUCACAAUGUUUUUUUUUUUUUGGACUUCAAAAAACUGUCCACGGACAAAUCAGCAACACCUCCUCAAGCCUAAGUGCCCAAACCCAAAAAUCUGAACUUCAUUCUCUCGCAACUAAAGUUUAAAUGGGAAGG